AUAAUCUCAAACAAAAGCUUGAUUCUUACUUCCUUUCUGACGAUUCUUCUUCCCUAUCUGACUGGAAUAAUUGGAGUUUUCUCUCCUUCUUGGAAUUUGCAAAAAAGAGAAGAGCCUUGUCAAUAAAAAAUAAAAGAGAUCUCCACCAAAGGUUUUCAAACUCUCUAAACGCAAUUCUAAUGUCAGACGCGUCAAGGAAGGUGAAAGAAGUGACUAAGGCUCUGCAGAGUGAGAUGUGUUCGACUAGUGUUGAUUUGUUCUGGAAGGAAGUUCAGACGAAUGAGAAAAUUGCCAUUGCGCAAGCUGAAUAUCAGCGCAAACAAACUUUCAUCGAAUUAAAAAAUGGGUUUGAAAAUGUGCGACAUUUAUUUGUUCUAUGCUUCUUAAUACCG